GGCCCAAUCGCGGUGUGGCCCACCCCUUGAGCACUCACCUUGACGACGGCGACGACGAGCGUAGCUCAUGCUGGAACAGGCGCCGCUACUUUGGAAUCGAGAACGCCCAUACCCGCAUCCAUACCUGCGACCGCAGCAUCAGCAGACAUGCGACUAUGUCGCAGCACCGCAUCGCCAACGCCGUCGACGGCCUGAUAUCCCACCUCGUCCCCGCAGACCCCAACAACCCCGAGCUCUCGCAGGAGCGCCAUGCAGCCUGCUUCCAGAUAGUCAAGAACAUUCUCAAUACCCACGGAACGACCCCCAUCGCGUCCGAUGCGAACCACGCCUCUGACCUGAUCAAGCGCAAGCUGAUCAGCACAAAUCCCAGCCAGGCCCUGCGCUUUUCCAACCUAUAUACCCGCCUGCUGUCCCUGCCCGUGCUCGACAAGAAGUGGGCCAUCCUCUACCUUCUCUACCAACUCUCAGACUCGCCAGACCCCAGCGAGCCACUACCAGUCAGCCCGCUUGUCAAAAGGCCAGCUCCGCCGAGGGAUAGGGGUGAUGGCGUGCGCCGGCAAGAUGACAGGGAACAGCAGCCACCAUCAAGACCCUCGGCUUCUGGGGACGAAAUCAACGAUGCUUUCCAGCCAGGCGGACUACGCAAAUUCCCGCCCGAAAAGACGAGAAGGGGCCCCGAGGAGGCCAAGGCCGCGGCCGCUGCCGCCGCCGCCGAUGCUGCCGGGGGCGAUGCUAUGGACAUGGACCCGGCGCUCCCACAAAGGGACGUAUCGCUGAAGUCGACGCUUCUGGCAGACAACUCGGUCGAGCUGAACCCGUCCGAGACGGUGCUCCUGCGGGACCUACCCUUCACGUUACAAGGUCUCUCCUCGGCCACGCUCCCCUUCGCGGGUGAGACGACACUAAAGUUGCCAGCAACAUUGCCUGCGCCCAUCGUAUCGCUCCUCCACCUGCUGGCCGAGCCGUCGCUGCUCUACCGCCGUCUAGAUGUUUUCGUCAAGUCGCCCGCGACGGGGCUGCUGGGCCAGAGCCUGCGGGCAGCCAUCACUAGUGAGCUGCGGUCGUACCUGAGCCUAGUGGCGACUCUGGAGGCGCAGGUACGGCGGGCGCUCGCGGCGCUCGACGGAUCGGCGCCGCGGUCUGGGAUCGGGCGGGCGGGCGUAACGCUCAAGCGGCUUGUGGUGUGGACGCGCGAGGCCACCAUGGGGCUGCGGCUACUGUCGCUGAUAGCCGAAGAGUCGGGCAGCCGGCGCGGCGGUGCGCUCAUCUCCUUGGUGCACAGCUUCUCGACGUCGCACGGCGACCCGACGGUGGGCGCGUUCGCGGAGCGACUCCUGGCCCACGUCACGCGGCCCUUCUACAACAUGCUGCGGCACUGGAUCUACGACGGCGAGCUCUCGGAUCCGUACUGCGAGUUCUUUGUGCGCGAACAAGACCCUGGCGCGGCCAAGUCCCACGAGGCCAAAGCGCGCGGGCUCAGCUCGGUAUGGAACGACAAGUUCGAGGUGGACGAGGCCAUGGUGCCCAGCAUCAUGAGCGCCGACUUUGCGCAAAAGGUGUUCCUCAUCGGCAAGUCACUCAACUUCAUCCGCCACAGCUGCGGCGACUCGGAGUGGGUUGAGGCAUACGGCAAGGCUGCUUCCAAGGAGCUGCGCUACGGCGACACGGCCACGCUCGAGGGCUGGAUCGACGAGGCCUACAAGACCACCAUGAAGCGCCUCAUGCACCUCAUGACGUCCAAGUUCCACCUGUUCGAGCACCUGCAGGCUAUGAAGGACUACAUCCUGCUUGGCCAGGGCGACUUCAUCGCCCUGCUGAUGGAGUCGCUGGCACCCAACCUCGACCGCCCCGCCGGCGCCCAGUACCGUCACACCCUGACAGCCAAGCUCGAGGAGGCCAUCCGCGGCUCCAACGCCCAGUACGCCAGCCCCGAGGUCCUACGACGCCUCGACGCGCGCAUGCUGCAGCUGUCUCAGGGCGACAUCGGCUGGGACCUGUUCACGCUUGAGUACAAGAUCGACGCCCCCGUCGACUGCAUCCUGACCGAGUGGCACAGCCGCCAAUACCUCAAGAUGUUCAACUUCCUGUGGCGCGUCAAGCGCGUCGAGUUCGCCGUGCACUCGACGUGGCGCCGCUGCAUGACGGGCUCGCGCGGGGUCCUGCAGUCGGACGACCCGACCGUCACGCAGACGUGGAAGUCCACCCGCGGCGUCCUGGCCGAGAUGAUACACUGGGCCGGCCAACUGCAGUAUUACAUCCUGUUCGAGGUCAUCGAGGCCUCGUGGGGCCAGCUCCAGGCCGCUCUGUCGCGCGAGGACGCCACGCUGGACGACCUCAUCACUGCGCACACGACCUACCUCAACACCAUCACCCAAAAGGGCCUACUCGGCGCGAAGCAGCGCCGCAGCGCCGCCGGGGUUGCCGACACGUCCAUCGCCGACGCCGGCGCCGCCGACGAGGAGCGGUCCGUGCCCAUGAACCAGAUCGCCGACCUGCUGCGCAACAUCCUCUCGUACCGCGACUGCGUCGACGGCCUCUACUCGUGGGCCGUCUCUGACUUUACGGAGCGCCAGAACGACGCCUUCAACCAGACGGCCCGCGGAGGCGGCGGCGGCAACAUCAGGAACCGCCGAAGCGCCGACGACGUCGAGAUGGGCGGCACCCAAACCCACAACCACCCCAACAUCAACCAGCGCCACCACAACAACAACCACCACCACCACCACCAUCAAGCCAACAUCAGCAACCCGCCGCUCUCCUUUGCCUCCUCGGCCGCGUCGGAGCUGCCCGCGCUGCAGGAGCGCCUGCGCACGCUGGGCUCCGACUUCCGCCGGCGCGUGCAGCGCCUGCUGGGCGACCUGGCCUACCAGACGGAGCACGAGACCCGCUUCCUGGGCAUCGCCAUGAACUUCAACGACGUCUACCAGCCCACCCUCCGCAGCGCGCGCCACCACAAGCCCUCGAGCGGCAGGUCCACCGCCCAGGGCGGGUCGUACCCCGGCUCGGUGAGGGGUGGUGGUGGUGGUGGUGGUGCUGGGGAGUGAAGUUGAAACAGGAAUUGACUUUCCUUGCCCGCAAACAAACACAACACACCGGCCUAGAUCGAGGGAGGCAGGUACAGUAGCGUCCAAGGGAACCCGGCCGUUUGCCAAAACAAACCUCUAUUGCCGACGUCGCAAUCAUCCCUGAUGUCAUUCACCCCUCUCCAACUCCCCUCAAUAGACCGAGACGAUGACGAAAUACACCGGCGAGGGUUUUUUUUUUUCCUUGGGAAUCGCGGGGGGAGGGCGGAGGGGCGUCAGUGGGCGUUUGUUUAUUGUUUCAUGUAUAUGAUUUUGUGUUUCUUUGUUUUGAUUCUUGUUUACUCUUACCCUUUUUGGUGUCUUUACUUUCUUUUUCUCUCUCAUCCACAUCCACUUUUAGGUUAUUUUUGGCCCUGACCACCACCAUCAUCGUCGACGUUGUGGGGGUGCCUUUCGACUCACGAUUUUUGAUAUACCUCCUCCCCCACCACCGCAGCAGCUGGCAGGCACAGGGGGGAGGCGGGGGCGCGUGUGCAACGGGACGGACGGAGGGGGCUGACGGGCGUGACGGAUACUGGGGUUGAGCAGUUUCAGGCCGGGAGGGAUGGAGGCGCCUGCAAUACGUCCUACUGGAUGCUACACAGUAUAAGAAGCAGAACGCGCUUGCGGUCAUGCCCGUGUCAUGCAUAGCCUUGUACAGAUAUACCGGCAGCAGCUCGGGAGAAGGGGGAGGGAGGGGGCGUUGGUCUACGGCGCAGCAUGCCGUGUCAUGUCAGCACAUCCCGCCGCCCUACCAGUCCUGCCGCCAUCCAUGCCUCGAGUCCGCAGUGUGCGCGUGCGCAGCAGUAGGCAGGCAGGCAGGCAGGCGGGGCAGGCAGGCGUCUCUCUAGCUCCAUGGCAGUCUGGAUACCUACCGACCUGGUGCCUGGCCUAGCCUUGGGAUCGCGGGUCACACAGCCAUCCAGACCUGUCUUUUAACCUCUCUCUCUCUCACCCUCCCCUCACUGCAUCGACGCCCUCCCUGAUCCUCCGUCAUCCACGCCCCGCGCCGGCCGCUGCUCUUGGCCGCAGUCGGGGACUCCCCCGAGACAUGGUCUCCACGAGCAAGAAUGGCGCUCCUUGCCAGCCAUCAUCCACUCAUCCCACCCUCCCUCGCCCGCCAUGACAUCGACUUGACCAAGUCGCCCAUCUAUCUGCCAAUGAACGCGUCAAUCAUGCAUUUGUUUACUUCGUCUUCGUUUCCCCCGCUUGCCUGCAUGCGGCCAGAAUAGCCAGCCCAGAUGCAAUGCACAUCAUAUUUGCUCCCGCUAUCCUGACCUGACCCCGCCUCCCCCUGCCUUCUUGGUCAACAGGCAGCAUCGAUGACGGCACAUCCAGCAGUUAGCCUUGCGUCCGUAAUCCGUCGUCGUUAGAUACCUAGAAACAUGGAACUAGAGUCAUGUGCAAAAAUGCGAGCCAUCAUCACAUGCAAAGGGAAACAAGGCGUUUCAGAAAGCAGAUUCUGCUAUUGUCCUAAAUGGUAGAUGCAGAAUAACUAACUCA